CACCGGUGAGAAUUUAAUACACCCAAUCUUUUGUCCAAGUAAAGGGAAUUUACAACCUGCAACCUCCCAAACACCCCAUAUAUCUAUAAUCAUGCUUUUCCUCCCUCAUUUUUUGGUCUAUUCGUUGACCCCAUGCUAUACCUGCUCCCCUAUAUCAUCCCCCAACAAUUUUUUCCUUAUUUAACUUGCUAUAUAGCCUUUGCUUGCCCCAACAUGCAUAUAUAUACUCUUAGACACUGCUUUUUUUCAGCUCAGAAAGGAAACAACUUUGAGCUUGCUUGAUAAAUUUUGUUGUUCUCGAUUUGCGUGCCACCAUAUAUAUAUACAUAGUCAGUCAGUCAUUCACUAUGGUGAGUAUCUUCUCGUUGGUAACAGGCAGGCCCGGCCCAAGUGGAUUUGGAUCCGCUUCAACUGCAGAGCAGGUUACUGAAGGAAUUGAUGCCAGUAACAUCACUGCAAUUAUCACAGGAGGAGCAAGUGGUAUUGGCUUGGAGACAGCACGAGUCUUGGCUCUUAGAAAGGCCCAUGUCAUUAUUGCUGCGAGAAACAUGGAGUCUGCAAAGGAAGCUAAACAACUCAUACUACAGGAAAAUGAGUCUGCUAGAGUGGACAUAAUGAAGCUUGACCUUUCAUCAGUGAAAUCAGUUAGAUCCUUUGUGGACAACUUCAUUGCUCUUGAUCUUCCUCUCAACAUCUUAAUAAACAAUGCUGGAGUCAUGUUCUGCCCCUUCCAGCUGUCAGAGGAUGGGAUUGAGAUGCAGUUUGUAACAAAUCAUCUUGGUCAUUUCCUCUUGACAAACCUUCUUCUUGACAAGAUGAAGCAAACAGCAAAAGCCACUGGAAUCGAGGGUAGGAUCAUAAAUCUGUCAUCAAUUGCCCAUACCUACACUUACGAAGAAGGAAUUCGAUUUGAUCACAUCAAUGAUCAAAUUGGUUACUCUGACAAAAAAGCUUAUGGGCAGUCCAAGCUAGCCAACAUAUUACACGCAAAUGAGCUUUCUCGUCGCUUGCAGGAAGAGGGUGUUAACAUCACAGCCAACUCUGUCCACCCAGGAGUGAUAAUGACUCCUCUUAUGAGACACUCUUCAUUACUCAUGAUCACUAAAAAUAGUAUUUUUUAUUUUCUAAUUUUGACCAUGCAGGGAGCGGCCACAACAUGCUAUGUUGCUUUGCACCCAAGCUUGAAAGGUGUAACAGGGAAGUACUUUCUGGAUUGUAAUGAGUUUCAACCAAGUGCAUUUGCUUCAAACGAACACUUAGGAAAGAAACUAUGGGAUUUUAGCAACAGGUUGAUCGAUUCAGUUUCAAAAGCUUGAAUGCACCUGCUUCUCGGGUAUUUUCUCUAUAGGGUUGGUCACCGGUGUAUCAAAAGUUGUUCGUUACUUAUGCUUAAGAUACUCGUCACAAUUAUUGUAGUUAUUUCUAUGACGAUAUUUCUCAAACAUUUGACUUUUACUUAUCCUAGGUUCUCCGUGUGUAUCUUGUACGCGUAAUAUAGAGAGGUCUUCUUUUAUGGAUCAAACAUUCUCUUUUAUG